CAAAACCAAGAAAGGGAUCUUCUUGUCCAUUAUGAUGAAAGAAAACAAACAAUGAAGAAAUGUACCUUUUCCUCAUAUUUAUAAGUCUCUCCCUUGGGCUUGAAGAGUUAAGGCUCAGGAACUACAGAGAUCCUUGAAAUUCUCUUUCUUAACUCAGGCAAGGCAUGGCUUCUGAAGCACCCAGAUCACUAGCAUUCUUCCUCCUUAUCCUUAAUCUUGUUCUGUAUGGCAUUGUCACCAUCAUCGCUGGAUGGGCGGUCAAUUACGGUAUCGAACAUUCAUAUCAAACAGCAUCUACUUUGAAAAUUCCUGCACAUUUGUUUCCUAUGUACUAUCCAAUCGGUAACAUGGCAACCGGUUUCUUCGUUAUCUUUGCACUAAUUGCUGGACUUGUGGGUGUUGCAACCUCAAUUUCUGGGAUCAAUAGUAUACUCAAAUGGACUCUACCAAACUUACUAUCAGCAGCCACAUAUUCUACCACUACAUGGUUCCUCACCAUUCUAGCUAUGGGGUUAGCCUGCAAAGAGAUUAAUAUAGGCUUUACAGAAGAUACAAAAUUGAGGGCCCUGGAAGUAUUAACCAUCAUUGUGAGUGCGACGCAAUUUUUGUGCGUCGGUACAAUCCAUGUCGGAGUAACAGAUGUUGUGCGCCAAGAGAAAUACAGCGGUGGGCGAGUUUGAGAGCCAAUGGAACAGCAUUGCUUGAAUUGGUUGACAAACCCAUUCCUUACAGUUCAUUAAUUCUGCUCAUUUUCUUCCCUUUGUAUGUGUAUGUGUAAGAACUAUAUCAGCUUCCACAGAGCAUCUUACCCUGUAUAUUCAAAAUGAAUCAUGGAAGUUGUGUUUUGUGGCUUUA